GCAAGCAGCCUAUUCAGCCCCAGUAUCAUACUUCUCGCAAACCAUCUUACUGUGCAGCUACCUCUUGUCUUGAAGCAAUUCUUGCCCAAAUUUCUGUUUAGCAUGUCUCGUCAUGAAACCGGAGAUUUGCUACCAGCUGUUUCCGAUGCUAGUCAUGCCUCGGUGCCUCUAAACUCUGGAAAAAACGCUUCGACUAAGCGAAAGGCGACCAAACCGACAUAUUACGAUAAGAGGAAAGCCAAAAUCUGGACUGAUUUGCAGAAGUUUAUAGGAGAAGAGCGUUGGCCUAGCGUCCAGUCUAUACUUGAAACAGGAAAGAGUGAUACAACCCUGACGAGCAUAUACGAUUGGUUGAUAUAUGCUCGAAAUAACAACCUUAACGCAGAGAAUGUUUUCGAGAAUCAAACCAAGCCCACCAAAGCAGUUCAGACGGGGGUGAUUGAUAUCCUGAACGCCCUUGACCGAAAAGAAGAUGGUGCUGGCUUAGGCACAACCAUCGAAGCCAGCUCGGGAACGGGUACAGAAAUAACAGUCGGUUCGGAUGCCCAGCAUACGGUUGGUCCUGACUCCGGAGUCCGCAUGCCAUCAUCACCGUCGCCGUCACCGUUACCGCCGCAGUCACAGCCAUGGAAGACAAGUCAAUCUGGCAGACCGCAGAAGAAAUUGAAAGGGACUCAUAGCGACUGCAUUGAUAUGACAACUCAAUCAUCACCGGACGAUGAGGAACUGCAACGAAAAAAAUCACUAGUUUCAGUGGCUGAGAGAGCCAAGGGUAUCCACUCACGGCUGAAAGACGACGAAAAACUGAAUGACGAAACUAUCUAUAUCGUCAGUCAAGUCUUCGAGCUUGGCUUGCCACCAAAUACCCCUACGAGGAUUCUGGAUACUAUGAGAUUUAAAAUUGAUGAAAAGAACAUUCCAGUCAAGCUAAAGUACAUACCGAAGAGCGGCGAGCCGAUAUACAUCCCUUUACAUCAUGAGAGUGCCGAGCACUGGACGCUAUGCGUUCUGCUAUUCGAAUCCGACUCUGAACCCAGCUCUGAAAUCAACUCUAUUCGCUUGGAAUUCUACGACUCUUUGGUAGAUUUAUCCAGGUCGGAGAAAGUUGAGGCCUUUUUUACAGAGUGGAUCAAGACGCACUAUCCCAAUUUCAAACUUACGUUCGAUCAGAAGGAAACUGCACAGCAAAAUGACAAAACGAGUUGCGGAGUAUUUGUUCUAGAGACUAUAAGGCGUUUGAUGGCAUCGGAAGAUAUAAUGCGGACUAUAGAACCGAUGGAUGCGAAGAAGCGCUUCCUGGACAUGAUUACUUCAACUGUUACAAACUCGCCGUCUCCUUCGGCGAAUCUACAGGUGAUAGGCGCAAUCAAAGAGCUGGAAAGAAACUGCGACACAUCAGCGAUCAUUGACGACUCACUCUCUACAGCCCAAGAGCCAAUAAGCAUCCAGCCUUCUCAAGGAAUCAUCACCAAAAUCAGGAGCCUCUGCGAAUCAGAGGGAAUACCCAUCACAGAACGGCUUUCUCCUGCCAAAAAAGAGUACAAGCGGAUCACCGAAGAAGAGGAGCGCCUCAAACUCGAACUUACAGACGCCCGAAAGGACUUGGGUUGUGCAAACGUCAAUGUACUCGCCGUGGAAGAGGUCUUAGCCAUGUUCUCAGAAUCCAUCGCAACGGAUGAGACAAUAGACGAUUCGUCGGCUGGUGUGCAUUUGCAGACCAUGAAAGAUGAGCCAAUGUCUGAUGGCACGCCCAAUCUGAAUUCCCUGGUGAAGAAUCCUUGCUCGAAUGAUAUGCUUGAUACUUUCUCUUGCGUGGUCAAAAAUGCAGCAUCGGACCUCAUGCAAGCAGAUCGAGCGAGAAUGAAGGACAAGUUGGCGGAAGCCAUGGAGAAAGCCCGACGUACGCCUCGUGAGGAGGUCGAAAAUGCGGAAAGAAAAGUGGAGCAACUAACCGAACGAGAGAGGUACCUUCAGAUAAGAAAGCGUCAUUUAGAUGCGACUAUUAAUUUGUAUGAGAGCUUGCUAUAUCUCGCAUCGGAUGGAGGAGGCAAGCUGGCUGACGAGAGCCUGUCAACUGGUGACGUGACGCCAUCUCGAUGAUAUUCCCAUAUCUAGGGUAGGGUAGGUUCCAAGAGCAGAAACUCGAAGGGUCCAUGGACCAAGCUUUGGCUAUUCCGGACUGCUUCUGAUUGAAAUAAGAGCAUCUGUUCUUUGGUGAGGGAGGCAGGAUUAAUUCUUCACAUUAUCAAUAAAAUAAUAAUAAUAAAUAAUUCAUCGC